CAGAGAGAGAGAGAGAGAGAGAGAGAGAGAGAGAGAGAGAGAAAGGAGUGAGAGAGAGAGACAGAACUCUCUGGCUGGUCUUUUUUUUUUUCCCGAUCAGAUCGAAGAGUUCGAACUAAGAGAUCCAAAGCUUCACCACAAUUGUCGUUGUUUCAUAUUAUCCGCAAGGUACGCUUUUUUCCGCAAGAUCUAUCGAAUCCUAUCGUUUUGGUGAUUUUCUUCGGUAAAUCUCGUCGAACUGGAGAGUUAUCUGAAUCCCAAAGCUCAAUUUCACUUCCACAAGCAUCAGAGAAGAGAAACAUCUGUUGAAUUCUUCACUGAACUCGCAGAUCUGAGUUGCUAGCUUCAGAAUAUUAGAGAAUUCACGUCAAUUUUGCAAGUAAACGUCGACAAUUCCCCGCGCAGAGAGUUGUUUUUUUUUGAAAAAGAGAUUUAAAGAACCAUCGAAGCUGUUGUUGUUGUUGUUGUUCAUGGAGCUUCCUCAACCUCGUCCCUUCAAAACCCAAGAAUUUCCCACAGGGAGAAAACCAACACAUGAUUUUUUAUCGCUCUGCAGUCAUCCUCCAACUCUCCAGCCAGAUCCAAAGCCUACCACUGCACCUUCUCCUCAAGGUAGCCACUUGAAAACCCAUGAUUUUCUACAACCGUUAGAAUGUGUUGGUGCUAAAGAAGAGACAAGUAGGAUUGACACAACCAGGAUAGCCUCUGAGAAGCCACCUCCGCCUGCACCUCCUCCGCCGCUGCAACACGUGCUCCCCGGUGGAAUAGGAACCUACACGAUAAGUCCUAUUCCUUAUUUUCAUAACCAGCAGAGGAUUCCUAAGCCGGAGCUUUCACCACCGAUGAUGUUCUCUGCUGCUGCACAACAAGCGGGUGGUGGUAAUGAGAGAAACGUUGUGGAGGAGAAUUCGAACUCUAAUAGCAGCUCGUACGCUGCUGCUGCUGCUGCAGCAAGCGGAUUCACUUUGUGGGAUGAAUCUGGUUCUGGGAAGAAGGGACAGACAAGGAAGGAGAAUAAUGCUGGAGAGAGAGCUGGCAUCAGAGCUGAUGAUGCAGCAACUAUGGGACAGUGGCCAGUGGUUGAACGAAGGUCACAGUCUUUGACAAAUACCCCUUUGAGCGGUUUCAGUUCACGCUCAUCCUCUCAAGGGUCUGGACUGAAGAGCCAGAGCUUCAUGGACAUGCUAAGAUCAGCGAAAGGAACUUCACAGGAUGAUGAUUUUGAUGAUGAAGAAGAUUUUGUCAUGAAGAAAGAAAGCUCUUCCACUAGCCAGAUCCAUAGAGAUUUGAGGGUAAAAGCAGAGGCUAGAGGCGGUGGUAACGAUCAAAAGCUGAACACGCCUAGGUCUAAACAUUCUGCUACAGAACAAAGGAGGAGGAGCAAGAUCAAUGAUAGAUUUCAAAUGUUGAGACAACUAAUACCUAACAGCGACCAAAAGCGGGACAAGGCAUCCUUCUUGCUCGAGGUUAUCGAGUAUAUUCAAUUCUUACAGGAGAAAACAAGCAAGUACGAGACUCCCUACCAAGGAUGGAAUCACGAUCCUGCGAAGCUAUUGAAUUGGCAAAGAAACAACCAACAUCUAGUACCUGAAGGAACCGUUGCUUUUGCUCCAAAAUUGGAAGAAGAGAAGAAUAACAUUCCGAUUCCGGUCCUUGCAACAACGCCUCAAGGCGUUGUUACAGACCGUCCAGAAACACUGAACCGAGCAACGCCAACGACCGGGACAGUUCCUUUGUCAGCUCAAAGUAACAGUUUUCUCUCUCCCGUAAUUGCGGUUAAUCCCGUAACUCAUUUGCACACAAGAGUCGCAGCAUCAGAGACGGUAGAGCCAAGCGAGAGUUCACGGAGUCAUACUCAGCCUUUGAAAGAAGAAGGCGAUGACGAGGAAGUUCAUGCGGGCAACAUCAGUAUAUCAAGUGUUUACUCACAAGGAUUGGUGAAAACACUAAGAGAAGCAUUGGAGAACUCAGGAGUGGACUUAACAAAAGCAAGCAUCUCUGUCGAAAUCGAGCUUGCUAAACAAUCAUCUUCCUUCAAGGAUCAUGAACUCCGUGGACCGGUCUCUCGAACUGGAAACGAUGACGACGCCAAGCAAAGUCGGAAACCAAAACGGCUCAAGACGAACAACACAAGUUAAAAAAAAAGCAUCACAGUCGGGUAUAAUAACCCCAAAGUUGAAACGUCUGUUUUCAUUCUUCUUUAUCUCAAAACAGGGCUUUCUUUUUCAAAAAUUUAUAGAUAUAUUCAAUCUUAAAAUUUUCUUACUUUGUACAUUGGAAACUACAAUUUUUAUAAUGUUUUUCUCGUGGGGCCAUAAUCUUUUGAGGAGGCCUAAGACUAGGGAGACCCGGUUAUGCUUACCGCAUUUUUAUGACUCUGUUCUCAAUUCUUCUUUGGAGUAAGAUCAUUAAGUGGGAGGCUUUCAAUGUAUAAGCUUCCUGUGAUAAAACAUUUUGUUUGUUACUGGUUAUCAAAACUCAAAGGUGAUAUAUUUAUGUGUGUGUUAUCUUUUGUAUUUUGAUUAUUGAAUGGACAAGGACGCGCUAAUUGAACU